AUGGCGAAAUGUAAGAAGCUCAAGUUUACAAUCAACAUCGGAGGAACGAACUGGCUAUUUCUCAACUCCAUACGAACUGUCAACGAGCUCCUGGAAAAGAGGGCAGCCAUCUACUCCUCAAGAAUGAAUCUCCCAAUGGCUUGCGACCUCGUGUCCCGCGGCAAACGAACCCUGCUAAUGCCCUACGGAGACUUGUGGCGUCGAGAGCGCAAGGUCAUGCAUCAGAUUUUGAAUGCUACACAGCGCAACAUCUUCGAGCCGUUCCAAGACCUAGAGUCCAAGGCUUUGCUCCUCAACUACCUCCAACGUCCAGAUGAAUGGUGGAAGAGCCACGGGGCCUUUUCCGGCUCGGUCAUCAUGAGCGUCGUUUUCGGACGCCGAGCCGGCGUUGAUGAUGCGAACUUGAGCGACUCUCUUGCUGUGUCUGAUGAGUUUGUCGAGUAUCUCAUGCCCGGCCGCGCGAUCGUCGACCAUUUUCCUUUCCUCGCCGAUAUAACAUGGUUUAAAAGUUUGCAGCCGUGGCGAUGGUACGGCGACGACUUGUAUAAGCGUACUCGCGCGGUAUACAAGCGAGAGCUGGAUCAACUUCGCGAACGGCGAGCACAGGGCAAACAGCGGGACUGCUUUAUGACGGAAUUCCUUGAGAAGCAGCACGAUUCGGACUUCACCGAGGACGAGUUUCUGUUCAUGGCAGGCGCCCUCAUGGAAGCUGGCACAGACACCACUCGCGCAUCUUUGGACCAAUGUGUGGCUGCCGCCGCGUUGUGGCCGGAUUGGAUUGAGCGUGCUCGAAAGCAGCUUGAUGAAGUAUGCGGUGCUCACGCCGAGCGAUUGCCGACCGCCCAGGACAUGCCGAACUUGCCAAUUAUUAAGGGCGCAGUGAAGGAGAGUGUUCGUUGGAAGCCGACGAUUGCUGAGACGGGAAUCCCUCAUGCGUUGAUGCGAGACGACGAAUUCGAAGGAUAUAAAAUUCCAGCGGGAACCAUCGUGACGUAUAAUCAAUGGGCGAUCGCAAAUUCCCCGGACGAAUACGACCAGCCAGAGAGAUUUUGGCCAGAACGAUUCAUCAACGAAGAUCUUGACAAGCCCGCCAAGGGACAUCUCGGAUUCGGCGCAGUCUACUGUUUCGACGUUCUGCCAGUACCUGGCGCGACGAUCGACACCUCGCAGUCACCCAAGGUGACGAAGCAUGGUCCGUCAUUCCAGGUGAAGAUCAACGUCCGAACCACGACUGCCGUGGCCGAAAAAGCUGCUUUGGAGUUAGACAUCGGGCAGGGCUCAUGGGCGGACGACACGUUCCUAUUCAAUGAUUUCCUGACCUCAUUUGGAGCGCUCGAUGUCUUUGGAAUCGAUUCAUCCAUGCUGUCUUCGCUUGCGCCUGUGCUGGCCCCGAGUUCACAGGUAAACCUACAAACAGAAGCGCGGCCAUCGUUGCUCAUUGAAUCUAGUGGCCAGAGUGUGGUCUCUGAUGAGGCGAGCAAAGUCUACGACAACACGCUGGGUAACUGGAAGCCGGCGCAGGGAGCCUCUUCCAGAACCGAGUGUCUUUUCAUAUCGGUCACGGAACACGCGUCUAUGGUUGGUCAGAUGGGGGAACAUGAUUUGUCGUUACUAAGUCAUCAUCUGACCGCGGAGAAACGAGACCAGAUCGUGUAUCUGGUUCAGAAGCAUUCCGCAAAUCCCCCAAGUCUGGCGGCAGCAACUUCGUUCCCUUCAACAAGAAUUCUCGGAGAGAUGCUCCAGAUAUUUCUGUCCAAACAGCAGGACGACAUUGUCGGAAUGAUUCAUCUGCCCACCUUCAAUGUCGCUGACUGCGACCCUCUGCUCCUCGCUGCCAUGGUAUCGGCUGGCGCUGCGUUUUCAACACAUCCUUUGGCAAAUGAAUUUGGAUUUGCGUUGAUGGAUGUAGUAAGGAUGGUUCUGAUGGAUUCUGGCGACCGAGACAACGCAAUGACUCGCAGCCUGCCAUUCAUCCAGGCCAUGACUUUGGUGUGCGAAUGCGCACUCUGGAGUGGAGACCAGAGGAAGACUGAGAUGUCUGAUGCUACUUCGGCCAUUCUUGCGUCGCUCUAG